AUGCCAUUCAAAAUUGUUCAAACGAUUGAAAAACAACAACCAAAGUUGACUAUAGUUCCUGCUUACUGGGAAUAUAACGGUGUGUUACGAUUACCUAAAAUAGGUGCCAGAAAGUUAGUUACUAACGGAGAUUCCAGACCACUUCAAGGAUGGGUAUCUAUGAAAUGUACUGUCAAGCGGUCGUCAUUUCAAACAUAUCGAGAAGCUGAAGAAGAACUAACUCUUAUGGAAAACAAAAGUGACACAGAUGUUCCUGAACAUGAAGGGAUUAAUUUGAACUCAAUUCAAGAUACUAACUACAAUUCGAUGGCCGAAAAUUUGUGCCAGGAGCAAAUCAUGCCAUUCAAAAUUGUUCAAACGAUUGAAAAACAACAACCAAAGUUGACUAUAGUUCCUGCUUACUGGGAAUAUAACGGUGUGUUACGAUUACCUAAAAUAGGUGCCAGAAAGUUAGUUACUAACGGAGAUUCCAGACCACUUCAAGGAUGGGUAUCUAUGAAAUGUACUGUCAAGCGGUCGUCAUUUCAAACAUAUCGAGAAGCUGAAGAAGAACUAACUCUUAUGGAAAACAAAAGUGACACAGAUGUUCCUGAACAUGAAGGGAUUAAUUUGAACUCAAUUCAAGAUACUAACUACAAUUCGAUGGCCGAAAAUUUGAUUUUGCUCAAUCGCGGCACAGAGGAGGAAAUACCUGCGCCACGUACGAGUACUUCAACCGCUGCAGCGCCCGGAGAAAUUGAGUAUAUAAUAUCGACGAGUGAGCUACCAAAUACCAUUACAGAUCUUCAAAACGUACAAAUUGAUACAAAUAUUUUUGAAGAAAUAUUGAAAAAUCAAAAUAAAAUAUUAGAAAAUCAAAAUGUGAUUCUGCAAAAUCAAUGCGUCAUGCAAAAAAUGCAACAAUGUGUGUUGGAUAAAGAAGAAAUAAAUUGUAAACAGAUUUCAAAUUUAGUGGUUCUUGUAGAAGAUUCCUUUACAAGACUAAGGCAACAAAACAAAAGAGAAACUGUUGUUUCUCUUGGCGAUGCUAACGCUUUUGAGAAAGAAAGUUUUUAUAUCAAACCCUUGGCCAAUGUUAAGGAAUUGGAAGAAUUGGAAUGUAAAUUAUCUGACAAUGUGGAAAAAAGUCUUUUAGAACAACGCUUUGAAUUCUUAUGUACAAGAUCAGCUGGAAAAGGAAUCAAUUGUGCCUAUAAGUUGCUAGAUAUUAUAUUUCGCAGAGAUUUCUUAUGUAAAUGCUCCUGGUCAGGUGGUAGCAGAGGAAAUGCAACUAAAAUUGGCCUGAAAGGGUUCAAAAAUGUUUUGAGUUUUUUUUACAACAUGGUUCACUCAUGGGACCCACUCUACACCUAUGAAGACAACGAAAAUUUUUUCAAAAUGGUGACCAAAAAUGCUACGAAACGAUCAGAAAUUAAAGAUCUCAGAGCAUCAACAAAACGCAAACGCCAGGAGGUAAAAGAAAGUAAAAACAAAAAGAGUAAGACAGAAACAUCGCAGGAAGCAGAAACUGUAGAAAGCAGCCAAGAAAACCCGAACCAAGAAAAAGAAGACCGGGAAAUUGAAAAUCGAGAAAUUGAGAAUCAAGAAAAUGAAAAUCAAGAUAUUGAGAAUCAAGAAAUCGAAAACCGAGAAACUGAGAAUCAAGAAAAUAAUGAAUCAGAAAAUAAUGAAGAAGAAUCGCUCUGCUGA